UGUGAGUGAAAGCAGCGAGGUUUUCACAGCUUAUGUGCGUUCUUCUUUUAAUCUAUAUCUUCACUGGAACAUUUAAGAAAGUUGGAUACUUUGGGAAAAUAUUUGUAAGUUCGCUGUAAAAUGUUUAAGAAGAAAAAUAAAGAACAAGAGGAAGUAUGCCAUACGGAAAAAGUAACUCGUUCCUUCGUCACAAAAACAGUAGAAAAAACGGGUGGUGUACAAACCACGACAACGACCAUCGAAGACGGUACGAGGGAGGACUUAGAAGCUGCCUUUAAAAAAUUCGAUUUCGACCCAAACAAAUUCCACGCCGGUGGAACUAGCGUAACCAAAACAAUCAUUUACACGGAUAGCUCGGGAAAGAAAGAAGUCCUAGAAGAAACUGUAGAAACAUAUGGGGAUCCGGACAAAAUCCAGCCAUCUGAAACAGUGUGUAAAGAAUUAGAAGACACUAAACCAAAAAAGUCUGCAUUUAGCUUUUUUAAAUCUCACGACAGCCCCGAAAAAUCCAAAUCCAACGCCGCAGCAGAUAAAAAAGAACCUGCUGUAAUAGUGAAACCUGGCAAGUUUGAAGAAGAUUGCUUAAAAUCACAUAAUGCCUACAGAUCAAAGCAUGGCGUGCCAGAUUUAAAGCUCUCUAAAGAGAUUUGCUCUUACGCAAAAGAAUGGGCUGAUCACUUGGCAGCUACGGAUGGCUUUAAACAUCGGACAGAAAAACAAUACGGCGAGAACAUUUUCAUGAAGUGGAGUUCAGAUCCAAAUCACAUGGUAUCAGGAAAUGAAGCUGUAGAUAGUUGGUACAGCGAAAUCAAAGACCACACUUUCGGAAAAGAGCCCAAAAGUCUAAAAUCGGGCCACUUUACACAAGUAAUAUGGAAAGCAAGUAAACAAAUGGGCGUGGCGUGGGCCAAGAGUAAAACCGGAAAAAUUCUUGUUGUGGCCAACUAUGAUCCUCCAGGAAAUUUCGUUGGAAAGUUUUCAGAUAAUGUUCCACCUCCAAAAAAAUAACAUUUCGAACCUAAUUUUUCAAACUCUCUUCCAGUAUUGUUUUUUAAACAUAUACAGUAUUAUUUUAAACUUUAGAUUCCCAAUGUAUAGUGUAAUGUGUCAUAAAAUAAUACUUGGUAAACUAUACAUUGAAUUAGAGAGUGCAUUUUAUGUCUUCAAUAUUUAACCUUUUACGACCCGACGAGCUUUAACUCCGAGUUCCAUACAGCAAAACGAUAAAGGGAAACUGUAUUUGGAGAAAUUAAGAAUUUUUUUUGUCCAAACUGAAAAUUCAAGAAAAAAAAACAAUAAAAUUGUGUUUCAUAACUUUCAUAUAAGGUGCUUCUCGUGCAGCAAAAAAUGUAACAAGAAAAUUUCAAACUCUUUUUCUAAAUCUGGAGAAAUUCGGGUCAUAAAGGGUUUAAAGAUUUACUUAUUUCAUUUCAGGAGACAAUUAGGACUCUAUGUAAAUAAGACAUGGUUUUUUUUCUUUCUUUUUUAAAAUUUUUAUUAAGAAAUUUACUGUAAUUCAUUUAACAUUCCAUGCUAUUUUACGAAAUUAUGCAGCAAAGGCGCAUGAAGCAGACCAUAUCGUCGCCUCAGAGCAGCAGUAAGAUAUCUUAGUGUUAUGUCUGCGAUUAGAUAUCUUAGUAUUGCUUUGAGGCGACGAUAUAUUCCCAGACGAUGUAAGGCAAUGGGUAACAAUAAAACAGCAGUAGAGCUCCAAUUAUCCGAAUCAACUGGGACCGAAUCCCAUUCGGGUAUUCAAAAACCCGGACAGUAGGAUUUUUCUCCAAAAUAGGUCUAUUUUAAUUAUGUGAUGAGUGCAUAUGUUGAAAAUGGGAGAGAAAAACUAUUUUUUAAGGAAAGAGAGCUUUUGAUUAACCAAAUGAAAAGGCAACACGUUUAAAUGUUAAGAGUACUUACAAGUUCUUACCUACAGUAAUUGUAUGUAGGUACAAUUUCCUACUUUCAGUAUGUAGGUACAAGUUCCUACUUACAGUAAGUGUAUGUAAGUACAAGUUCCUACUUACAGUAUGCAGGUACAAUUUCCUAAUUACAGUAUGUAGGUACAAGUUCCUACUUACAGUAUGCAGGUACAAUUUCCUACUUACAGUAUGUAGGUACAAGUUCCUACUUACAGUAUGUAGGUACAAUUUCCUACUUACAGUAUGUCGGUACAAGUUCCUAGUACAGUGUGUAGGUAUCGUACUUUAAUUGAAAGUCAUUGCUUGAUGAAUACCUCGGUCAAAGUAAAAUGUUUGACUAGUUUUGCGGAGGGU